AUGGGAGGCGUAUAUUUCAACCAUUUCACCGAGCAACCGCAGAAGUCUGACCUAGAGAAGAGUGAGAUGUCAAGAAGUUUGCACCCUCAUUCAAUCAAAGAAGAGUCUGAGUCGUCAACUCUGGAAAGGGUAGCCACAGAGUCAUUGAUUAACGAAGUUCUUGGUAGAGGACUGAUGGAGCAUGGUUGUCCACAUUACAGAAGAAGGUGUUGCAUUAGAGCUCCUUGCUGUAAUGAGAUAUUCGGUUGCCAUCACUGUCACAAUGAGGCGAAGAACAGUAUAAACGUAGAUCUAAAACAGAGGCAUGAUGUUCCUCGCCACCAAGUUGAACAGGUUGUUUGCUUACUCUGUGGCACUGAACAAGAGGUUCGCCAAACUUGUAUCCACUGCGGAGUGUGCAUGGGGAAGUACUUCUGUACAGUUUGCAAGCUCUAUGAUGAUGAUACGUCGAAGAAACAGUAUCACUGUGACGGUUGUGGAAUUUGCAGAAUUGGUGGACGUGAAAAUUUCUUUCACUGCUACAAGUGUGGCUGUUGUUAUUCAAUCCUUCUCAAGAACAGUCACCCUUGUGUUGAAGGAGCAAUGCAUCACGAUUGCCCCAUUUGCUUCGAGUUUCUGUUUGAAUCACGGAACGAUGUGACGGUUUUGCCAUGUGGACACACAAUCCAUCAGAAGUGCUUGGAGGAAAUGAGAGAACAUUACCAAUAUGCUUGCCCACUUUGUUCAAAAUCUGUAUGCGACAUGUCAAAGGUGUGGGAGAAAUUUGACGUGGAGAUCGCGGCUACACCAAUGCCGGAACCAUUCCAGAACAGAAUGGUUCAGAUUCUCUGCAACGACUGUGGGAAGAAAUCAGAGGUACAGUACCAUGUGGUGGCUCAGAAAUGCCCAAACUGCAAAUCAUACAACACUCGCCAAACCAGAGGCUGA